UCAAGGAACUUGACAACGGUAGCCGUGGCAACCAAAACUGCCUCCUGCACCUUUUGCUCUUCUUUUUCUUUCUCCUCCUCCUCGGAGGAGGCGAGCCUUCCUUCUGGCUCCCAGGCGAAAUUAACCCCCACGCGCGAGGAGUCCUUAUCGGACCGCUCAGCCUCAGCUUCCUCACCAUGCCGAAAGGGAGGCGGGCCAAUCCAAGCACCACCCGGGACGGUAUCUGGUUCAAACAGUGUGAAAACCUGCAAAUAUAUCCAGAAUCUCUUACAGCCACAAUGCAAAAGCAGAUAUUUAAUAUAGAUGCCAAUUGUCAAACUGUAAAAAAUGUGCCACUGAUGUACAAAGAACGUGAGAAAAAACCAGUAAAUACAUUUCCAUUUUCAAUCCAUGACAAUAGACGUUGUUUAUUGACUAUGGGAGAGUAUUUAGAUGCUGGACUAGGAGUAAGAAAAUUUCGAGACAAGUGUCAACACUAUUCGCAAAACUACUAUUUUUUGGCCCAUGAGCAAAUUCCUAGCAGCAAUGCCUACCAUUCUGUUUAUCAGAGUUCAUUUGUCCAAUAUCCAGAUAUUAAACAUUCCAUUCUAGGUCGCUUUCCUAAAAGCCAUAUUGAUAAAUGCAUUGCUCUACAUUCUGCACCUAAGAAUGAUUACAUGUGGUUUUCAAAAUUUUACACUGGUUCUAAUGAUAUAGCACCUACAGAGGCUACUAAAAGCUCAGAACCUGAAAAUCUUUCAACUGCUGAAGAAGAAGUAAAAUAAAUUUUCAGGUUUUCAUAAUAGUAAAGCAUAUUUCACGUAGGACUGAAAAAUACUUUUUUUUUUAAACACAAGGGAUCCAAUCUUUCUUUGAAAUGAUUUCCAGAACCUAAAUGGCAUUAAAGUCAUGGCAAUUGAA